AUGAUAGUGGGAGUUCGGUCCGGUGAUGAAGCUAGUGAGGAAAGUGUGCCGAUCCCAUCCACUGCACUCAAACGCCUUCCCCUCCAACAUGGCACUGGCGGCCGGUACCGCCUGGAUCUACGUCAGGCUCCAUUCCGUCUCUUCAACAACUAUCUGGUCCCCAUCUCCAACACAGAGGAAGCCACAGACGCCCUCCGCGCCGUCGCUGAAUCCAUCACCGUUCUUCUUCAAUCCAUUGAAGCGUCAGUGCCACUGGAGAUGCAGGUAACGAGCAUUUCGGUGAGACAGCGGUGGUUUGCGUCUUUUCCGCCUGCGAAAUUCACGCGACCACUUCCUCCCGCUGUCUACAAUGUCCUACAGCAGCAUCGUGAUUGUCUCCAUCCUUUCCUCCUCUCCUUGCAACCACCUCCCCGUCCUCGGCGCUCUCGACAUGCCCCAAUGGCUAACCGCAACUAUUUGUCCAGGCCGGCGCAGCGGGUCUGGGGAACGAAGAGUUCUCCAAAAUCCACACUUCUUUCAAAUGUCUCUCAAAUCGAGUUAGAAAUGGCGUGUGUUAAGGCCGCAUCAGGAGAGAUGAAUGAGAAGUUGUUAGCACCAGACUACACGGAAGCAAUGGAAGAAGGAUCGAGAGGAACAGACGAGACAUCGGAACAGGAAGUUGAACCUUCCCUUGGCUCCGAUGUAGAUGAUAUGCCCACGCGCAUCAUGAAACCCAGCAAUUGCUCUUCAAUUUCCGACUUGAUCUAUGAGCUGGAAGAUGCGGCUUCCGUUGCAGCCGAGGGAGAGGCGGAAGAGGGCGAGAGGAUGGAAGAGGAUGAGAAAGCAUACAGAUUAAGAAUUAGCCGAAGCCGCUCACGUUCCGUCCCUGCCCAUUUGGAGGACACGACGUGUGGGCAAAUGCUUAAACUGACGAACCCCACCAUUGUCGCUUCCGUCAGUAGGUCUUCCUCCUCACCUUUGCUUGGAUGUCUGUUUCAUCACUCCCUUUCUCCUCAAUCUCAAAUCUACGAACGGAGAAGUUCUAGCUCUAGAACCUAUAUGAAACUUUCUCACCCAACUUUGACGGGAGAAGACCGAUUAGUGCUCCCUCGAAGUUCUUCAUGCAAUGACUGCAAUAGUCGAAUGAUCCAUCGUCUGCCGUAUCGCCGAAUAGCGGUAUCCGAUCCGGAGAUAACGUGCUACCGCGCCUUAUACGGACUGACCGUAGAGCAGAGACCACCACCUAAAUCUCUCCACGUUUCGCAGUCGAAAGGUGAUCUCGGCCUGCAGGAGGAGUUGAAUAUGCGCUUUCAGAUCUUUACGUUCGCAUCGAUAGGUAGGCUGCAGGAGUCAGCGAACCCACGGUUCGUGUCCCGACUGCGUCAGCGACAAGAAGCGAAUGCCUCAGCUGUCAAUCAAGCGCGAAAUCUCAUAUGCUCCUCUGAAGACGUGAUAAAAACUCAGUUCAUCAUAUUUUAA